UCUCCAUAUCCGACUGGUUUUCUCUUCACUCUUACCAAGUAAUUCGCCCUUGCCUAAGAGGGUAGAAAAGAUGGCAAUGGCUGCGGCAGAGGGAAACAAGUUGCAGAAAAGCUAUUUUGAUGUUUUGGGUUUGUGUUGCUCGUCGGAAGUUCCACUCAUAGAGAAUAUACUGAAGCCUCUAGAUGGAGUGAAGGAAGUGUCGGUGAUCGUUCCGUCCAGAACUGUGAUAGUUGUCCAUGACCCUCUCCUCAUUUCUCAGCUUCAAAUUGUGAAGGCACUGAAUCAAGCGAGAUUGGAGGCAAACGUGAGAGCAUACGGAGAGAACAAUUACCGGAGGAAAUGGCCGAGUCCCUUUGCAGUUGUUUGUGGUGUGCUUCUUGCACUAUCUUUUUUAAGGUAUGUGUACCGUCCAUUGCAAUGGCUGGCCGUGGCAGCAGUGGUCCUUGGCAUCUAUCCAAUUAUUCUCAGGGGCUAUGCAGCCAUCAGAAAUUUGAGGAUCGACGUUAACAUUCUCAUGCUCAUAGCAGUGAUAGGCACCAUUGCUAUGAAUGACUAUACUGAAGCUGGCACCAUUGUGUUCCUGUUCACCAUUGCAGAAUGGCUUGAGGCAAGGGCAAGUCAUAAGGCUACUGCUGCAAUGUCGUCAUUGAUGAGCAUUGCCCCUCAAAAGGCCGUCAUUGCUGAAACUGGAGAAGAAGUGGAUGCUGAUGAUGUCGAAUUGAAUACUGUCCUUGCAGUCAAGGCGGGUGAAGUUGUCCCAAUUGAUGGAAUUGUGGUAGAUGGGAAAUGUGAAGUUGAUGAGAAAACUUUAACUGGAGAGUCAUGCCCAGUUUCCAAACAAAAGGAUUCAAUUGUUUGGGCUGGCACAAUUAAUUUAAAUGGUUACAUCAGGGUUAGAACUACUGCUGUAGCUGAAGAUUGUGUGGUGGCUAAAAUGGCCAAGUUAGUGGAAGAGGCUCAAAACAGCAAAUCUAGAACUCAGAGAUUCAUAGACAAACGUGCUCAGUUCUACACCCCAGCUGUCAUUCUUAUAUCAGCCAGCCUUGCUCUCAUUCCAGUUGCAUUAAGGUUGCAUGAUCGAAAUCGCUGGUUUCACUUAGCCUUGGUAGUUUUGGUGAGUGCAUGUCCUUGUGCGCUUAUCCUCUCGACACCUGUUGCGACUUUCUGUGCACUAACACAGGCAGCAACAUCAGGACUUCUAGUUAAAGGAGGCGACUAUCUAGAAACUCUUUCUAAAGUUAAGAUCACAGCUUUUGACAAGACUGGUACGAUCACAAGGGGUGAAUUUGUUGUGACUGAUUUUCAAUCCCUUUGUGAACAUAUAAGCUUGGACACAUUGCUCUACUGGGUUUCAAGCGCUGAGUGUAAAUCAAGUCAUCCAAUGGCUGCUGCGCUGGUUGAGUAUGGAAGGUUGCAUUCCAUAGAGCCAAAACCCGAAAAUGUGGAGGAUUAUCAAAAUUUCCCUGGUGAAGGUAUAUAUGGAAAAGUUGAAGGGAAAGAUGUGUACAUUGGUAACAGAAAAAUUGCACAGAGAGCUGGGGGAACAGUUCCAAAUUUUGAAGGCAAUUCAAAAGGAGGAGAGACUUUGGGAUAUGUAUAUCAUGGAGUAAUCCCUGUUGGAAUUUUCAGUCUCUCUGAUUCCUGUCGAACUGGGGUAGCAGAGGCAAUGGGGGAGCUAAAAUCAAUGGGGAUUAAAACUGCCAUGCUGACUGGAGAUAAUAGAGCAGCAGCAUUACAUGUGCAGGAACAGUUAAGGAAUGCUUUAGAUGUCAUCCACGCGGAGCUUCUUCCUGAAGACAAGGCAGAAAUUAUCAAAGAGUUUAAGAAAGAAGCGCCAACUGCAAUGAUUGGAGAUGGCAUUAAUGAUGCACCAGCACUAGCUACAGCUGAUAUUGGUAUCUCAAUGGGAAUUUCAGGUUCUGCUCUCGCGACAGAAACAGGACAUGUGAUUCUCAUGUCAAAUGACAUUAGAAAAAUACCAAAAGCUAUCCAGCUCGCAAGAAGGGCUCAUAAGAAAGUUAUUGAGAAUGUCAUUUUGUCAAUCAGUACAAAGACUGCAAUUCUAGCUUUGGCAUUUUCUGGUCAUCCCCUUGUCUGGGCUGCCGUUCUUUGUGAUGUUGGGACAUGCUUACUUGUGAUUCUUAAUAGCAUGCUUCUCUUGAGAAGAACUCACAAACAUGAAGGCAAGUGCUGCAAAUCUUCAGCUAUGCCUCAUUUCAAUAAAAAUAAAUGCUUAUCUAGUCAUUACCACUCGUCUCACAAUCAGAAGCAUGCUCACCCAUUGGAAAAUAAAGUUCAAAAGGGAUGUGAGGUUCCAAAGUGUUCUUCCCAAAUAUGUUCUUCAAGAUGUCAGUCUAGCCCUUCUAAUUUAAAUUCAUAUGGGGAUAAGUGGUGUGUGAACACAAGUAAGACACAUACCAUCAGCGUUCUCAAGGAUGAAUCUCAUGAGGCAAAGCAUUAUGAUCAUGGUUGCUGUAACUCAGGAAGUCAUGAUAUUGAGGCUAUCGGUUGCUGUUCAGGGACUGACAGUUUGAGCCUGUGCCUGGAUGAUGAAUGCACAAAAUCGAAUAGAAGGGAAUCCAUUUGUGUUGAAAGUGAUGGAGUCCAACAUGGCCAUCACCAUAUUAUUCCCCAAGAAGGACAGCAACUGACCAAAAACAGUCACCAGCACCACAAAUGUUGUGGUGAAAACCAUAGCAAGCAUGUAGCAGCAGGAAACUUGGUAGAACACAGUUGUCUGCUUCAAGGUCAUGACUCACACAAAUGUGUAGCUGCAAAUAGUUGUGUGAGCUUGGAGAAGAAGCAAAUUAGUGGAUGUUGCAAGAGCUACAUGAAGGAAUGCUGUGAGGCGAAGCAAGGACAUUUUGGAUCUGGCUUUGGGGGAGGCUUGACAGAGAUUAUUGUUACUGAAUAGCUUAGCUAGCAACAAAAAGGCUGUAUAUGUCAUUGACAUGAAUCAGAAUGAAGAUUGAAGAAUUCAAGGAUGCAGGGAAUGAAUCUCGAUCCUGUCAUUAUAAUGAAAUAUUUCUGUUUCUGAAACCUUUUGGUAGUGUGUCUAGCCUACAUUUUGCACAAGAACUCAGGUCAAGAAGGCCUUGCAUGAGAAGAAGAGAAGAAGACGUAGCCAAGGACAACUUGCCGGCAGUGCUGCAUGAUG